AUGUCCGACGAGCUUAUUUUGUACGAUCUCCCUUCCAAAGGAGGGUUCAGCUGGAGUUUGAAUCCUUGGAAAACACGCCUUGUGCUGAACUACAAAGGCAUUCCGUACAAGACUGAGUGGAUCGAGUAUCCGGAUCUGAAGCCAACUUUUUCGAAGUUUGGUAUCCCUCCGAACAGCAGCGGACCAUAUGAAUACACCUCGCCAGCCAUCCGCCUCCCUUCCGGCGAAUACUUGAUGGAGUCGCGCGCGAUUGUUGACAAGCUCGAACAACUGCACCCCUCGCCAUCCCUGCACCUGAACUCACCGUACCUACCACGCAUCGAGCAGCUCUUGCCAAACUUACUAGGCCAAGUCCGGCCCGUUUUCAUGCCGCUGGUGCCCAAGGUUUUUCUCAACCCACCUUCGUACGACUACUUUGUUGCCUCGCGAGAAAAGGCGCUAGGCAUGUCGCUCGAUGAGUAUGCUGCGAAGAACACGGACAAGGCCUGGGAGGAUGUCAAACCGUUCGUCAAGGAGCUCGCCGCGAUCUACGCCGAGAACUCGGAAGGACCGUUUUUGAUGGGAAAGCAAGUGUCGUACGCCGACAUGAUGGUGUUGGGUUUCCUCAAAAUGAUGGACAGGUUGGAAAAUGUGAACAAGUUCUUUGCAAUGGAGGGCGGAGAGAAGUUGAAGGAGGUUUAUGAAGCCGGUGCGAAGUGGUUGGAGAGGGAUAGCUACUGA